CUUACUAUAUACCAACAAAGCCCAAUAAAGUCUUACUCCAUACACGCCCACUCCACCCACAGAGUAUACCAACUAUCCCCCGCGUACAUUAGCACUCUCCGCCAUUAACCUCCACCACCGUACCGUGAAAUCUCGAACCCUCUCUUGGUCUACGGCGAUUUAGAGCCGUCCGCUCAGCCGGGGAAAAAAUGGACGCACUAUUCGACUCCAUCAACGUCCGUGACCUCCUCUCCGCACACGACCUCAGCGACCCCACCACGCCACUCUCCGCACCCGAUCUCCGCCUCUUGAUCCAGCGGCUCGAAUCCCACUCCCUCCAGAUCAAAUCCAAAAUCCAAUCCUACCUCCUCGAUCACCACCAAGAUUUCUCCAACCUCUUCUCCCUCUGUAACGACGCCGUUUCGCGUUCGAAUCGAAUCUCGAACGACGUCGGAGACCUUCUGGGUUUGGUUUCUGACCGCCCUAUCGACGCCGAGAUCGCCGAGAUCGUUAAGGAAAUGAACGGGAAGACGAGGGAGGUCAGGGCGAAGAAGGAAUUGUUGGAGUUGGUGAGGGCAAUCGUGGAAAUCAGUGACAAAUUGAAUGGUGCUAGAGAAGGGUUGAGGAAUGGACGGUUUAGAUUUGCCGCUGAGGAAUUGAGGGAGAUGAAGAAGGUUCUUAGGGUUUCUGAUGAUUACGAUAAGGUUGAUGAUAGAGAACCUGUGGUGUAUGGCUUGCUGAGGAAGGAGUGGUCUAAUUGCUUUGAGGAGAUUCAAGAGGUGCUUUUGAAGUUCAUGGAAAAUGCAGUGCAAUUCGAACGUGAACCUAAUACAAUUCGUGUCAAACAUCUGUUAAGUGCUGGUGGAAUCGAUGGGAUUGAGCUACGUACAGUUUUAGAGGCUUUGGAUGUGGUUGGCAUUUUGGAUUAUGGGCUUGCUAAAGUAGCUGACUUGGUGAUCAAGUAUGUCAUUUCUCCUGCUGUAAAUUAUGGAUCACCUGUUUCAUUUGUGGAAGAAUCAGUUCAGAACUCUAAGAAAACGGUGGAGGCUAGUUUAAAGAUUGUUCCAUCACAAGAUCCUAAGGUUGAAAAUGUGGGUGAGACUAUCUAUUCUGGCGUCAUUCAGGUUAUAAGGUUUGUUUAUAAAAGCAUAUGCUUUGAAAAUGGUUCUUGGAUUCGAUGUUUUGGAAGAUUGACAUGGCCAAGGAUUUCAGAGUUGAUUAUUUCUAAUUUCCUUUCUAAGGUUGUCCCUCAAGAUGCUUCAAAACUUGCUGAUUUUCAGAAGAUAAUUGAAAACACAUGUGGGUUCGAGACUGCAUUAAAAGAAAUUAUGUUUAUUUCAGCAUCUGAUGACAAGGAUAAUCGAUUGAGUGAUUAUGCUGAAAAUGUUGAGGUUCACUUUGCAUCUAGGAAGAGAACAGAAAUCUUGGCAUAUGCUAGAAAUUUGCUUCUACAAUCCAAUUUUACUAUUCCUCAAAUGCAUAAGAGGAAAGGUACCAUAUCAAAGAACAAUGAGAGUGCUGCUAACUCUUCUGAACAUGUACAGUUGCUUUUCCUUUCUGAGAGUUGUGUUGUAUCAAAAGCAGCUACUCAACUAAUGGAUCUUGUUCAUCAAAUACUCAAGGAUGUUUGUUUGUCAUCCACCAGAGUUGCUUUAGAAUUCUAUCGCACUGCUAGGGAUGUUUUACUUCUAUAUGAAGUUGUUAUCCCUGUUAAGCUAGAAAGACAGCUUGAUGGCAUCAACCAGGCUGCUGUACUCAUGCAUAAUGAUUGCCUUUAUCUAUACCAGGAGAUACUUGGGCUUGCAUUUGAGUAUCGAUCAGAUUUCCCAAGCUCCAUCAAGGAACAUGUUGUUUUUGUUGAUAUGGCUCCAAGAUUUCAUGUAAUGGCAGAGGAGAUACUGCAGAGACAGAUUCAAUUAAUUAUUUAUAAUUUGAAGGAGGCUAUAGAUGGGGCUGAUGGAUUUCAGAAUACACAUCAGCAGAAAGAAUUUGAAUCUGCAAAGUUUAGUAUAGAUCAGGUUGUUUUCAUUCUGGAGAAAGUACAUAUCAUAUGGGAACCACUCUUGCUGCCUUCGAUAUACAGAAGAAGCAUGUGCACCAUCAUAGAGUCAGUUUUUUCUAGAAUCACCAAAGACAUACUCCUUCUAGAUGAUAUGGCAGCGGAGGAAACAUUACAGCUUCAAAGACUGAUUCAUUUGAUGUUGGAAAGCCUAUCUUCGUUGUUGGAGUCCUUAGAUGCUCUCAAAAUUGAGAAGUCACAGGACGGCAGUACUCAUACUCUCAAUGAACUUAUACCAUCUUUACUCAAGAUCCGUAAACUGGCAGAAUUAUUAGAUAUGCCUCUAAAAUCCAUCACAACAGCUUGGGAAAGUGGAGAAUUGCUCAGUUGUAAUUUCACAUUGCCAGAGGUGCAAGGUUUUAUCAAGGCCAUUUUUGCAGAUUCAUCUCUGAGAAAAGAAUGCUUAGGGAGAUUAGAAAAUGUUAGUUUUUAGAAUGUUAUUCAAAAGGUAUGAAAAGAUUUUUUUAAUAGAGCUGAUCUCGCCUUCCAUCUCAUGCGAUAUAAUCAAGAAAAUAGGACUAAAUACAAAUUCACCCCACCCUAGUUUUUGUUAUUUAUUUUACAGCAUAGUUCUUGUUUGUAAAGAACAUAUAUUGUUUUGUUUUUCGUAAUUUGCCUUAUGAUCGAAUUUAAUUUCCAUAA